CAAAAAUGCUGAACCUCAGCGACGAAAAGCUGGCGGAGAUUAUGGAGAACUUCGAUCAGACCUGGAGCACCGGCUCCAGCUCCUCCACGUCGAGCAGGAGCAGCAGGAGCAGCGGCACGAAGGACUACGAGGUGGGCGACGCGUACAGCAGGCAGGACGCCAUCCGGCCACUGGUGGCCACCAACUGCUCCGAAUAUGUGGUGGCCCACGCCAGGUGCGAACUGCAUCCGGUUCGCCGGUUCGGGGAGGUCUCCCUGCUCCCUCACAUCCUGGAGAUGAUGCGGAAGCUGGGCCUCAACCGGCUGCUCCGCCUGCAGAGCUACACGUGGCCCCAUUUGGCCGGAGGAGCUGGCCAUGGAGCCAUGAUUGUGGGUGCUCCUGGCAGUGGACGCACUUUCGCCUACGUGCCAGUUGUUUGCCAUGCCGUUUGCAAGGCGCUGGCCGAGAUUAGGAGCCUGCCGGGGGAUUGGCCACCCAAUCAGUACGGUCCUAGGGCUCUCAUCCUGGUGCCCGAUCUUCGGCGCGUCCGCCAGGUGAGCGCCAUGUGCCACGCCCUGCUGCGCAAGGCGCACAAGGAGGAUUGGCUGACGCUGACCCUGAAUGUUCCCUCCACCAGGAGCUCGGAGUUCUUUCAGCGGCUGCUCAACGGCGUCGGCUGCCUGGUGGUUACUCCAACCCAGCUGAAUUGGUUCUACCAUGAAGCUCCUGGCCUCAUGCGCUUCCCCUGCCUGCAGUUUGUGGUCUACGACGACGUGGAUUUGAUGUCCCAGGAGCAGUUGGCCAAUGCCGAGCAGGUUCUCGCCGAGAUUCUGCCGCUCAGCCACUCGCCGCAGCGGGUGAUGGUCUCCCAGUCGUAUAAUCCCGAGCUUAUGGUUAAGCUAAAGGCGGUCAAUGAUCACCCGGCUCUAAUUUUUGGUGAUAUACUGGAGGCCGCUCUGUACGGCGGCACUCGCAUAAGGAUCUCGCUGCUCCGCGCGGCCGCCAAGGUGAAUGGAGUGCUGCAAAUGCUGCUGGAGUGUCCGCCGGAGGCCAACCGCACGGUGAUCUUCUGCAGCGACGAUGGGGACAUGCAGCGCCUGGUGGCAGCUCUCGAGGAUCGGGGCUACAACUGCCUGCCCUACUAUCAGACGUCAGAUCUCCAGGUUCGCGAGGAGCUGCAUCGCUGGCAGGCCGCCAAAAGGGGAGGCGGUGUAAUCCUCCUCUGCACGGACGACUGCCCGGAGCUGAUCAUCCGGAAUGCGCAUAGCUUGAUCCACUUUAGCAUGAGCACGUCGUGGAGCAAGUUCAAGAUGCGUCACCUCAUGGUGGCUGAUAAUCUGGGAAAUACUUUGGCGGAAAGGAAGGCUGCUCCUCUGCAUUCUUUAGUACUCCUCGACGACAACAACCACCGGGAGCUGCCGCGUCUGGUGGACUUCCUGCAGCUGCACCAGGAGGUGGAUCCCACCAUCCUUUCCCUGGCCAAGCGGAUACGCAAGGAGCUGGCCCAGGCCAAGUGCUGCAAUCGGAGCAGCCUGUGCAGCCAGAUUUUAAGGCUGGGCCAGUGCUACGAUCCCUGCUGCGUGGAACGCCAUCAUGUGGGUAAGUUCGAUGGACCAGAUAGUCAUCUGCCCACCAGCGGAGAUGUAAAGCUUCAACUGGUGCAGGUCUACUCGCCCACGCACCUUUGCGUCCGCCUGCUGGAACAUUUGCCGCUGGAGCAGCCGGGCAACUGGCAGGAGCUGCCCUAUCCGGCGGUGCAGGAGAUGCGCAUGCAGCUGAUGCGGCACAAGGAGCCGCCACGCUACUGGCCACCUCUAGUGGGCGCCAUCUGCAUGUACCACACGUCGUUUACUCAGGAAAGGGUUCGGAUUCUCAAGGUGCCGCCCAUAAAGAACGUGAAUAUUGUGGAAUCCGAUUUGCAAGUGGAAUUACAAGCCCUCGAUGUCGACACGCGAAUCUUUACGAGCACUUGCGGAGAUCUGUACGAAUGCCCGGAGGCACUGCAGCAGGAGCCACCGCUGGCCUGCGAUCUGCGGUUGCUUGGGAUGAUUCCUUACAACGGCGAACGCAGCUGGACGGAGGAGGAUGGCAGGAAUGUCAAAUAUACACUCGGUCAACUGCCCAAGGAACACUUCCUGCAGGCCAAAGUGCAGUUCUCCGCCGCCGGCACUCUGUUCGUACGGGAUUUGGUGGCCAUGGUGUAUGCGGAUCAGUUCAGGGUGCAUCUAAGGCAGCUCAGCCUGGCGCAGCAUCUGGUUAAAGCCACGCUGGCCAAGAGAUGUGAGCGGGCUGCGGAAAUGGUUAAGGAUUUUUUCGGGGAACUCUUAACCAAAAGAGAGGAGGAUGAGUUGCAAAAGGAGGAGAAGGAGGAGCAGCCCCAGGAGAAGCCCCUCUUGAGCCUCAGGUGUCAACGCUUGGCACAGGUGGCUCUGGAGUCGGGAAGGGAGAACCAGCUAAAGCAGGAGCUAAAGCAAAGAAACUGCAGCGAGACCAAAGAAGUAAUCACAGCCAGUAAUCAGGAUGCACAGCCUCAGUCCAAAGAAGACCACCUUUCCCAGCUGUACGAGUGCAUGAUGAACUGCAGCCGCUUGCAGCUGGAGGAUCAGAAGGAGUCCUCAAAGGAUGGCCAACAAAUAGAAGCCCAGCCAGUGGAGUUUCUCAAGCAAGUGAUAAGCGGUGAGAGCAGCACACCUGACCAUUUCCAGGAGCAGAUUGAGAUACCCUCCCAACAGCCACCGAACGUGGUGCGACCCUCGGUGAGCUACUACCAGACCAUUAGCACCUUGGAACUGCAGGUGUCCCUGCCGGAAGAUGACUACGAGUACCGGGUUCAACUGAUCCAAGCACAGAUAAUCUUCAGAGCCACCUCGAAAAGCUCACAACUGAUUCAGCAAUUCCUGCUCACCCUGAGAUUCCCGUACACCUCACUGCGUCACCACAUCCGCGGACGCACCGUUUACAUCAGCGUGACCAAGGCGCUGGCCGUCGCAGAUCCACUGGCAUUCAGCGAGUACCGAUUCCUCAAACCCAAUCACGAUAUGUUCGGCAAGAUGGAGCAACAUAGAAGGAUGACGCAGAGCCGGCUGCUCCGUUCUCUGGAGGAUUACGGCUAUGUAAAGCCAAAGAUCGAGGUGCAGGAAAGAAGCGAGGAGAGCGAAGACGAUGAGCGCAAUCUGGAGGGGAUUGAGCGAGUGGAUAACAAUGAAAUAUGUGACUAA